CUGAUGGAGCCCGGAUCUGAAGCUGCGACCGCUGGCGUGCAAGUGCGCGAUGAGCUCUCCGAGAAAUGUCAAAAGUUAUUUCUGGAGUUUUUGGAGGAGUUUCAGGAUAAAAACGGUGAUGUUUUAUAUCUGGCUGACGCGCAAGAGCUGAUCAGACCAGAGAGGAACACUCUGACUGUGAGCUUCAGUAACAUCGAGCAUUUCAACCAACAGCUGGCCACCACCAUUCAAGAGGAAUAUUACAGGGUUUUCCCGUUUCUCUGUAGAGCAGUUCGCCACUUUGCCAGAGACCAUGGAAAUAUUCCACCAUCUAAAGAAUUUUAUGUGGCUUUUUCCGACUUUCCAUCCAGACAAAAAAUCCGUGAGCUGUCCACCGCCCGCAUCGGGACUCUGUUACGCAUCAGUGGUCAGGUGGUGCGAACUCACCCCGUACACCCAGAACUGGUCAGUGGCACUUUCCUCUGUCUGGACUGCCAGUCUGUCAUCAAAGAUGUGGAACAGCAGUUCAAAUACACUCAACCGACCAUCUGCAAGAACCCUGUGUGUGCCAACCGCCGCAGGUUCAUGCUCGACACCAACAAGUCCCGCUUCGUUGACUUCCAGAAAGUGCGCAUUCAGGAGACUCAGGCGGAGCUGCCGAGAGGUUCCAUUCCCCGCAGUGUGGAGGUGAUUCUGAGGGCGGAGGCCGUGGAAAGCGCGCAAGCAGGAGAUCGCUGUGACUUCACUGGCACACUGAUUGUUGUACCUGAUGUGUCCGCGCUGGCACUCGCUGGUACACGGGCAGAGACUAGUAGCAGACUGACCGGGAAGGAGGGCUUUGAGGCAGAUGGUAUUCAGGGCUUAAAGGCUCUUGGUGUCCGAGAACUCUCCUACAGACUGGCCUUCCUAUCUAACUAUGUGGCCCCAACCAAUCCACGGUUUGGAGGGAAGGAGCUUCGUCAGGAGGAUCAGACCGCUGAGAGUGUGAAGAACCAGAUGACUGUGCAGGAAUGGGAGAAAGUGUUUGAAAUGAGCCAAGACAAAAAUCUCUAUCAUAAUCUCUGCACCAGUCUCUUCCCCACCAUUCAUGGUAAUGAUGAAAUUAAACGAGGGAUUCUGCUCAUGUUAUUUGGUGGUGUUGCCAAAACAACCAUGGAGAGAACGUCUUUGCGUGGAGACAUCAAUGUGUGCAUAGUUGGAGACCCGAGCACAUCUAAGAGCCAGUUCCUCAAGCAUGUGCAGGAUUUUGCCCCGAGAGCGGUGUACACCAGCGGAAAGGCCAGCAGUGCCGCCGGUCUGACUGCUGCUGUGGUCAAAGACGAGGAGUCGCAUGAGUUUGUCAUUGAAGCAGGAGCCCUCAUGUUGGCUGAUAAUGGGGUUUGUUGUAUAGAUGAGUUUGAUAAGAUGGAUCUGAAGGACCAGGUGGCCAUCCAUGAAGCCAUGGAACAACAGACUAUCUCAAUCACAAAGGCUGGCGUCAAGGCUACUCUGAAUGCUCGCACCUCCAUCCUGGCGGCUGCCAACCCCGUAGAUGGCAGAUACAACCGCGCCAAAUCCCUGAAACAGAAUGUCAACAUGUCGGCUCCUAUUAUGUCCAGAUUUGACCUUUUCUUCAUACUGGUGGAUGAAUGCAAUGAGGUGACUGACUAUGCCAUUGCCAGACGGAUUGUGGACCUUCAUGCCAGGAAUAUUGAGUCAGUAGAAAGAGUUUACUCUACUGAUGAAAUCCAGAGAUACAUACUAUUCGCCCGUCAGUUUCAGCCCAAGAUCACUCCAGAGGCUCAGGAGUUUGUUGUGGAUCAGUACAAGCGUUUGCGGCAGAGGGAUGGAGGAGGAACCACCAAAUCAGCCUGGAGAAUCACAGUGCGGCAGCUGGAGAGCAUGUUGCGUCUGUCCGAGGCCAUGGCCAGACUCUACUGCUCCGAUGAGGUUCAGCCUAAACAUGUGAAAGAGGCAUUUAGGCUCUUGAAUAAAUCCAUCAUUCGCGUUGACUCCCCUGACAUCAAUUUUGACAAAGAACAAGAGGAGGAGGAUGAUGUUAAUGAUCAAAAUGAGUUGUUUGGUAAAGAGACAGAAGGUCAAAAUGGAGUUCAUGAGAACGUUCAUGUGAUUGAGGCCAUGGACACUGAAGCUGGAAAACCAGAGAAGCCAACGGUGGCCAAACCAGCGCUCCGAUUGUCAUUCGCGGAGUACAAGAGAAUCUCCAACCUGAUGGUGCUGCACAUGCAAAAGAUGGAACAAUUGGAUGAGUCGUCGUCUCUGAAGAAGAGUGAACUGAUUAACUGGUACCUGAAGGAGAUUGAGAGUGAGAUCGAGUCGGAGGCUGAACUCAUCGGAAAGAAAAAUCUCAUAGAGCGAGUGCUGCACAGGCUCAUCCACUACGAUCAUAUCAUCAUAGAGCUGACUAAAACCGGGCUAAAGAAGAUCAGUGAGGAUGGAGACGAACCCAUCAUAGAAGAAGAUCCGUUUUUAGUGGUGAAUCCCAACUAUAUACUGGAAGACUAAUCAUGCUGGCCACUCCAGCUUUGAUUUUUAUCUUUGCUGGUUUGAUGCUUCAAUCUUA